GUCGUAGAGAAAUCGUAAAUUUAGAAGAGGCUCUAUCCAGAGCCUUAUCAGAGGGCCAUGAUCCUAUUCGAACCUUCGGCUUUUACACGCGGAAAUCGGAAAAACGGCAAAAAGUUACAUAAUUUUGUCAUUUCUAAUAACUUUGUUUUUGAGACGUGAAAAAUCUGUCCAAGUGAUUUCGAUCUCCUUGAUAUUCUAUUAAAAAACACUUUGGUACUGAUUGAUCAAUUUUUGGGGGCUCUUUUGUGUUUUAAAAGUGUUCUUUUAGGAGGCUAUGGUUAAAGCGCUAGAAAAUAUGCCAGUGCUAUCUGUAAUAUGUAGUAGCAUUUCGAGAAAAAAUCGGAACAGAUACCCGAACAAAAAACCCGUAAAUCUGAUGAACUCUGAUCUCACAAGCAUACCAGCAGAGUGUAGGACAGAAGAGUGUGAAUGACUGAGAACAGUCUAAGCCACAUCCUAGCUAGGUGGACCUCAGAAACUCCAGCCUCUCAGACAGUGGAAACUCGGGCCUUCGCAUGGUUGGACUUUAAAGGAUUGUUCUAGUGCACUUCUUCACACAGUAUGGUUGUAUAUAUACAUUCACUAUAUUUUUUAAAACAGCCAACUUCUGAUAUAUUGUCUUUGGUCUAUAUUUUGAUACCAGCUUCCUUGAAUGUCAAAUACGGAGCUGUUCGAUGACGAUCUAUUGUAUAUUUCCCUAUCACAUCAUUAACAAUUUUGACGACUUCAACGACCUCGAGGAGAAUAGCAAUUGUAAAGAAGAUAUUGAUUCCGAGAUCGGUGGUAUGUACUACGUCUACCAGCGUAUCACCGAUUGCUUGUGUUAUCGGAGCGGAUCUACCAGAGGUGCUCGAGUGGACUGUGAAGACAGAUAUCUCGAUGCUGCAGACCCCAAUGUGUACUGCUCGGCCAUAGCGGACAAUGGUGGUACGCUAGUCCCAGGCACUUUGUGUCUCCUGCGACCGGAACAGGCGCAUCCCACACAACUGGCUGUGGGCAAAGCUGCCGCACUCUGUCACCGUCGCCAAUUCGAAAACAUGAGCUCUAAACAGCUGAAAAAGUACAUCCGCAAGAACCUGGUGCCUGUGUUUGUGGGGUACAACCAACGCCUGUAUAUCUCGGAUAAGCAUCACAUGUCGUACGCCCUGCACCAGGCUAAUCUAGAAUUCAAGAACAACAUGCUGCACCGGGCCAUGUAUGUGUGUGUGUGUGCUAAUCUGGACAUCAAGAACAACAUGCUGCACCGGGCCAUGUAUGUGUGUGUGUGA